AUGUAUUCAUACGAGUGUGCUGAUGAAACUCGGCAACCUGAGCAUCAGUAUAAAGCAGAUUUCCUUUUGCCACUCAUUGACAUGUCAAUUGCAUCAGUAAAGGAGCGUUUUGAACAGGUCAGUAUCUUCACAAAUCUUUUUGACUUUCUUUACCGGUCUGAGAGUCUUAUCAAAGCCUGUAAUGAAAAUUGUCUUACUGUAUUUUGCACAAAUUUGCAAACGAAGCUCGGUGAUAUAGAUUCUGAGGAUUUGGAAAUGGAGUUGAAACGAUUUGCCAUAGUUGUACAAGAGGACAAAAAUACAAACCUGAAAUCUGCAUAUGACUUUCUUAACUACGUCUACAAAGAAGAGCUGCAGGAAACUUAUCCUAAUCUAGUUAUUGCGUUACGCAUCAUUCUUACUUCUCCAGUAACUGUUGCAAGUGCAGAACGUAGCUUUAGCAAGUUAAAAUUAAUUAAAACUUUUCAUAGGUCAACAAUGGUCGAUGAACGUUUGUCUUCCCUAGCAAUGCUGUCAAUCGAGAACGAGGUGGCAAGGAAAUUAAGUUAUGAAGGCCUAAUAAAUAAGUUUGCAAGUAUGAAAACACUACGCAAACCUUUUUUUUGACCUGUGAAUGCCUAAUACAUUCACAGUAGUCAAAGAAACUUUUUGUUUUAAACUCUUAAUAAAUAUAACAAUUAUAAAAUAUACUUAAUUAAAUUAAAGGGUUAA